AUGGGGGGCAGCAAACUGCGGAAGGCAGCAGGAGGCUCUGUGACAGAGAGGGGCCCCCGGCCGGGCACAGUGAACUUGAGGGGGGAAAUAAUUUCCAGCAGCAAGGCCUCGACGGGGGGCCCCUGGGGCCCCCUUUUGACCCACCGGCAAGAACCACCUGCGCAGCAGCCCGCUGACAGCAGCCAAGAUCAGCUGCAGCCACCAGCCCCUGCUGCAUGCACUCAGGAGAGGCCCCCGGCCCAGUUCUUUGAGACUUUCGGAGCUGCAGAAAGCCCCACAGGUCUUGGGGGCCCAGAGGGAAGCUGGGGAAGUGAAAGUGCGCAGCUGCAGUCGGCGCUGACUCGUGGGGCCCCCGAGAAGCUCGUGGGGUCUUACUUUCUGGGGCGCACCAUAGGAGAGGGCACUUUUGGCAAAGUUCGCGUGGGAACGCAUGCAUUGACGGGCGAGUGUGUGGCCAUUAAAGUCAUGGAAAAGGACAAAUUAAAGGCAGCAGAAGACGCGGAAAGAGUUCUCAGAGAAAUACACAUUUUGAGGGCCGUCAGACACCCCCAUGUCAUACACUUGCUCGAGAUAGUGGAAACUGCUUCCCGUUUGUAUUUGGUGAUGGAACUCGCCAACGGCGGGGAGCUGUUUGACUUUAUUGUGCAAAGACAACGCGUAGAUGAAGACACAGCGCGGCGGUUUUUCAGGCAAAUCCUCUCGGGAGUGGAAGCGCUGCAUUCCAUGUGCAUCUGCCACAGAGAUCUGAAACCUGAAAACUUGCUGCUGGAUUCAUCCUUGAACAUAAAGAUAGUUGACUUUGGCCUCUCUAACAUCUACAGACACAAAACAAUGCUCAAAACUGCAUGCGGAUCCCCCUCUUACGCAGCACCAGAGAUUGUACAAGGCAAGCUCUACUCGCCGCUGGCCGUCGACAUAUGGAGCUGCGGGAUUAUCCUGUACGCUCUUUUGGUGGGCCGCCUCCCCUUUGAAGACAACACAACUGAGGGUCUUUACCGCCGCAUCGUCAGCGGCAAUUUCGGCUGCCCCAAAGACAUCAGCCCGGAGGCCAGCAACCUGCUGAGAGGCAUUCUCCACACCAACCCUCUCAAGAGGCUUGGGCCCCUCCAGAUCAAGCAGCACCCCUGGCUGAGCGGCAGCAAAGGAUUCGUGCAAAUCCCCCGCGGCCUCUUCACUUCUCGUUGGCCCUUCGGGCCCCCUGUUUGCUGCGUGGCCGAUUGUCGGGCCUGCGCGGAGUGGCUGCGGCCUCCCUCAGUUCAGAUUCUUUCUUUAGCAGCUCCUCCUUGGCAGCUGCAUCUCUUCUGCUGCAGCAGCGACUGUGGGUGCUGCAGCUUUCAUCUACUCUGCACAAAGAAACGGCGAGAAGAGGAGGCGGCGGCUGCGAGGCAGCAGCAAAGACAGGCGCUCCCCGACAGCCAGGGCGUGCCGCAGCUUGCAUCGCCUUAUCCUUCUCCAGAGCGUCUAUCUGCUGCUGCAGCAGUAUCCGCUGCUGCGGCAUCUGCUGCAGCAGCUGCCGCAGCAUCUGCUGCAGCAGCAGAUGGACCGGCAGCCACUGCUGCGGUGGCGCCUGCUGCUCCUCUGCCUCAGCUGGCCGCAGCCUGCCCUCCACUUGAAGCAAAAGGAAUGCGGAAAGGCCCACUAAACUCGGGGGGGCUAAUGGGGCCCGCGGUUGCUGCAGGGAAAAGGACCCUGAAGGGGCCUUGCAGGUCAGUCGAGUCUUUGCCUCUUUGUCUUCAGCCGGCACUGCAGCAGCAGCAGCAGCAGCAGCGGCAGGUGACGGCGAGGCAGCUGAAGGCGCUUGACCGCCGCUGCUCCCCGAAGCCGCGAGCUAAAGCCAAAAGUGGCGCAAAGCUUACAGGAAGCGGUGGGGGCAAUUCAGCUUUAUCAUCUCCCAAGGCGGAGGCAGCCCAAGCCCACCAGCAGCAGCAACAGCAACAGCAACAGCAGCAGCAGCAACAGAAGCAGCAGCCCUCAGCAAGUGAAAGUGGACCAUUUUCACCCCGCUUCGGAGGAAAGGUAGAGGCCUCGGCUAUGACCCUUGCGCUGCCUUGUGACCGCAACAGCAGCAGCAGCACGGAGAGUGCAGAAGAGAACUGCUGCAGCCCCGACACCCCACACCAGUGCCACCUACAGAGUGCUUCAAGAGAGCGUUUCGAAACCCUGCAGCAGCAACAGCAGCAGCCACGCUGCGAGCAGCAGCUGCAGCUGCUCCAGUCCGCGCAGCCGCUGCAGCAGCAGCCUUCUUGCGGCGAGCCGAUGCAGGCAGCGCAGCUGGUGCCGCAGCAAAUCGUGCUGCGGCAAAACCAACAGCUGCGGAGCGAGCAUCUGCAGCAGGACCUUGAAAAAAGGGGAGGCCAAAGAACUGAAGACAGGAUCCUCAGAGGGCCCCUGACAGCAAGAGAAGUUCAGCAUUCCAGCCACCGAUUUGCUGCUGCUGCAGGACCCCCCAAGACUCCGCGGAGAAUGCUGCAGUCUCUCUUGUCUCCCCGCUGCUCCCUCACCCCAGUUACACUGCAGCAGGGGCGCGGGGUUCGUCUGCAGCAGGAGGUGGCGGUCUUUGCUGCUGCUGCCACAGCAGCACGAGCAGCAAAAAGAGGGCUAGCCUCUGCAUCCGCUGCCGCUGCUGCAGCUGCAGCAGGACAACCUGCCGCGAGCGCUUCUAAGGGCCCUGCAGCAAACGAAAAUGUGCGCGGGCAGCCGGGCCCCUCAGCAGCAGCUUGCGGAACAACAGCCCCAAGCCCUCCAGCGUCUGCUGCAGUGCAGCCGCCGGAGGCCAGCGAUGCUCUUUUGCUGCUGCAGUCUAAAUGCGGCAAAGGCAGCAUCACGCUCAAUCGAACAAUAUCUGCUACUUGCAAUUUCGCAAAGGCCUCUGGCAGCAGCAGCAGCAACAGCAGCAACGCCAGGCGAGUGCAGCGCCUUGCAGUCCAGGCUAGGAGCAAAGGGCUCGAAACGCUUACCUCUGCCACUCCCAGGGGCCCUCCGGCUCCGUGGAAAGCUGCAACAAAUGCCAUUGGAAACAGGAGCAGCAGCUGCAUCAGGGGAAGCAGCAGCAGCAGCAGCAGCAUGGCUCGGCCUGCACCCUCGACUUCUGGGGGCCUCAGUGUUCCCAAUAGGCUUGUAAAGCCCUUGAGCCCCUAUGGUGACGUUCGUCUGCAGCAGCAGAAAACGCCGGAACAGCUGCAGCGUCAUUUGCAGUAUUCUUCAAAGCUCAGCAGUGGACAGGGCCGGCGCUUAAUGCAAAGUCAGCAGCAGCAGCAGCAGCAGCAGAAGCAACAGGCAGCAGUGGCCCCUGAACGAGUCCAAACAAUGACUCAAAACCCCCAGCUGCUGCGGCGGCAAGCGGAACCCACUGGGGCCCCAGCUAAGCCCUCAGCUGGAAAUGGCCUACAGAAGGCCCUCCCACUGACUCUGGGCGCCUGUAGGGGCUCGCUGCAAGCCGGUGGGGCUGCAGCAGCAGACACAGCAGCAGGAGCAGCAGCAGCAACAGCAAGGGGAGGGUCAUACACUCACCGCAGCCUGGCGCUGCGCCGCAACCCUGUGGCGCUCCCAAAGUGUACAGUUCGGAAAUCAACGGCUGAGGAACUCCCAGCCAGAGCCUGCAUGACUGCUCGGAUGUCCCUGGGCCGCAGUCUCACUGCAGCAGCUGCUGCAACAAAGGCAGCAGCAGCUGCUGGCCACGAGGAAAAAGGAGCGGGGGGGCCCAGGGAGCUAUCCACAAGACUCCGAGCGGGAACUCUCCCCACAAGAGCUCGGCUUCCUUCUUUGAGAUCUUUCGCAGCAGCCAAAGCCAAGUCCGCAGCUUUUGCGGCAGGGGCUUCUCAGGUGGCGUUCUCAGCGCAGAAGCAGCAGCAGCCUGCAUGCAAUGCUGCUGAGACAGAGCAGCCGAAUGUACCAGCUGCAGCCUCCAUUCGCACAGCCCUGCGUCUGGGUAGGCCCGGGGCCGCAACAGCAACUGCUGCUGCAGCACCAGCAGCAAAUUCUUCGCGUGCUGUGCAAAAGCCCCGACGACGGUCAGAAACAACCGAUAGUUUACGGAGAAGCAACAUGAAAGCGACUGGGCUGGACCAGAAACCUCACCUGGGAGUCGCAGCAGCAGAGAACCGUGUACAGCUGAGGUUGGCUCUUGGAGGAGCAGCGACAGUUCCGAGCACAAAACUGCAGCGCCUCACCAGUAGCAGCGGUUACACUGCAGCAGCAGCAGCAAAACAAACUGCAACUGCUAAAGCUCUCUCCCACGCUUCAUCUGCGGGCGUGCCAGGGUUCACGCUAGCUGCAAAUAGGAGAUCCCUAGACAAGCAGGUGGACGCUAGAGCCAGCAGCAAAUCAAGCAGCAGUCACUGCAGCAACUACGGAGUCUCUAGUGCUGCUGCCGCUGAGCCAACUGUGUCAUUGAAUCCUGCUGGAUUCCCAGAGCAGCCGCAGCAGCACGUCGAAAGGAAGGUGCAGCACAGGCGGGGGGUCCCUCUGGCCCGCAAUAGAGUAGCUGGGAGAAAUUCAAAGUGCUCCAGCCGGCCAUUGGGGGCCCUUGCUUCUCGGGCGGCUGUGGCAGUGGCCAGCUCUGCGCCCAACACCCGCAACCGCAGCUUCUCGCAAGGGACUUAG